AUGUCACAUGAGGGCGACGCCGCUCGUGCUUUCUUGCGCCGUCCCCUCUCGCUGAUCUUCCACCGUCUGACUCGCUUACAAGAGCUUGCCACAUACGAAUCAUCACCCCUGAUCACAUCGACCAUGUCUGACGCCAGCGAUGCGCUGGAUCCGUUUGAGAUUGUUCAUACGACAGUCAUGGAUCGUGCCAAGGCAAAGACCUUUCUGGAGCAUUCGAGGAGAAUCAAGACGCUCAUCCAAAGGCUGCGGGAGGACAGUACGCUCCUGGACGACGACCAACCCCUUCUCUGUCCGCCUGCCGACGACCGGAGUGUCGAGAUGUUCAGAGAGCUCGAAAGUGAGAUCGCAGGCGCUCAGAGUCAAAUCACCGCACUGUUCAACAGAAAGAUCGCUCAAGAUGAUCUGCGCAUGCUGACCCAAGUCCCUCAAAGCCAUCCCUGGCUGGAGACCGCUUGUGCCUGGCUCUCAUCACACGGUGGCUCUGAGCGUUCAAAGCUCUUCCCGAUGGUCAUGGCGGAGACUAUAUCUCGUCUCGAUCUCCUGGAUACCCAACUCGCCAACAUCGCGGUCGACCACCGUGACGGCUCGUAUCCAAGGAACUGCACUUCCUGCUCGAGGGGCUUCAGCUGUCGGCCUGAGCUGUGGCAGAGAGCAGUGGCGCUCGAGUUGUCCCUCCGCUCGGCUAGCGCAGUCUCCAGGUCUCUCAGGGGCGAUGAUACGGACCUGGCCAAGCUCUUGGGGCUCUCGCAAUCACAGGCGGCCGGCAAGAUGACCAUCGCCAGACGUGCCGGCGGGCAGGGUAAGCAGGGAGCGGAGACGGCUGCGGAUGAUGAUUGA